AUGGAUAAGAAAUUUGACGAAUUGAUAGCAUAUGAUAAUGCAGAAGACUUUUCUGAUACAGAUGGGUUUAAUGAUAUUACAAGAUAUGUAGAUGCGAUAGAUGCAGUAGAUGUAACAGAUAUAGUGGAUGUGACAAAUGCAGUGGAUAUAAUAGAUGUAUUAGAACUAUUUGUUAGUAAAACUUUUCAAAACUGGGACUAUGUAGCAAAAUUCAUGAAGAAAUAUGCUACUUUUAAAGGUUAUAGAGUACAGAUAGGUGGUGGCAGCAAG